AGGGAGGGGGAGAAGCGGAGUGGAGGAGGAGCGGGGGGCGGGACUUCCUGAGGGUGACGCGCCCCCGCUCGGCUACAAAACUCGCCGGAUGCGACGCCGCGAGCGGAACUUUCCAGAAAAGUCGGCGAGAAGCGGAGGGCAGUAGCUGCGGCUGCCCGAGCUCCGCGCACAAGAACUCGCGCCCCCCUCCCCCAAUCCUCUCUUUCUUCCACUCGCUCCCCCAACAUCCCAACCGGCUCCUGGGCGGUCCCCCCUCACCCCAUCCCGGACGUGAGCAUUUCGACACCGGGCGUACCGUGAGCGUCGCUCCCCGGCUAUAAAAAAUGGUGAAGGAAACGACUUACUACGAUGUUUUGGGGGUAAAACCCAAUGCCUCCCAGGAAGAACUAAAAAAGGCAUAUAGAAAACUAGCCUUAAAAUAUCACCCAGAUAAGAACCCAAAUGAAGGAGAAAAGUUCAAGCAGAUUUCUCAAGCUUACGAAGUACUUUCUGAUGCAAAGAAAAGAGAUUUAUAUGACAAAGGUGGAGAACAAGCCAUCAAAGAGGGUGGUUCUGGUGGUGGCUUUGGUUCUCCAAUGGAUAUCUUUGAUAUGUUUUUUGGAGGAGGUGGAAGAAUGCAAAGGGAACGGAGAGGCAAAAAUGUCGUUCAUCAGUUGUCAGUGACCUUAGAAGAUUUGUAUAAUGGUGCAACGAGAAAACUGGCUUUGCAAAAGAAUGUAAUUUGUGAUAAAUGUGAAGGACGGGGUGGUAAGAAAGGAGCUGUAGAAUGCUGUCCCAAUUGCAGAGGUACUGGAAUGCAAAUAAGAAUUCAUCAGAUAGGACCUGGAAUGGUUCAGCAAAUUCAAUCAGUUUGCAUGGAAUGCCAAGGGCAUGGGGAACGAAUCAGUCCUAAAGAUAGAUGUAAAAGCUGUAAUGGAAGGAAAAUAGUUCGAGAGAAGAAGAUUCUGGAGGUUCAUAUUGACAAGGGCAUGAAAGAUGGUCAGAAGAUAACAUUCCAUGGGGAAGGUGACCAGGAGCCAGGACUUGAGCCAGGGGAUAUUAUCAUUGUUUUGGAUCAGAAGGACAAUGCUAUCUUUACACGACGUGGUGAGGACCUUUUCACCUGUAUGGAUAUCCAGUUGGUUGAAGCCUUGUGUGGCUUUCAGAAGCCAAUAACAACUCUUGAUAAUAGAACUAUAGUCAUUACUUCUCAUCCUGGUCAGAUAGUUAAACAUGGAGAUAUCAAAUGUGUGCUGAAUGAAGGUAUGCCCAUUUAUCGCCGACCUUAUGAGAAAGGAAUUCUAAUAAUUGAAUUUAAGGUAAACUUCCCAGAGAAUGGCUUUCUUUCAUCAGACAAGCUAUCUUUGUUGGAAAAAUUGCUGCCUGAAAGAAAGGAAGUAGAGGAGACUGAAGAUAUGGAUCAGGUAGAACUGGUGGACUUUGACCCAUCUCAAGAAAGAAGACGCCAUUACAAUGGAGAAGCUUAUGAGGAUGAUGAGCAUCAUCCCAGAGGUGGGGUUCAGUGUCAAACCUCUUAAUGGGGGGGCCAGUGAUACUCUUCAUUGUAAUGCUGGCUUUUGUAUGCAAUAGUGAAUGAGUGAAGGACUACAAUCAAUCUUAACACACUCACUACUAGCUAUUGUUUUUGUUGUAAUAUUCAACUAUAGUUGUGUUUUAAAAAGUUAAUAAAAUCAGUAAUAUAAAAUGCUGACUUUGCAAUUUAUGAUGUUCAGUGUGCAAGAUAGUUAAUUAUUUCCUUAUGGUAAAGAACCCCCUAAGCAUUUUUUUCAUGACUUGUACUUUUUGUUUCAAUGUGUAUAUGCAGUGGCUUAGACAGGUUUGAUUUUUGGUUGACUAAAUGUACACAAGCAUUUAUAAUUGUUAAGCUCUGAAAUUAAAAUUUUGUACUGAAUUCACCAUCAGAAAACUUUAAUAUGUUGAUGUUUUGGUCUGUAUGGUUGUUUGUCAAAUUGGGAUUUGUUGUGAUACUUCUGCUUUUGCUGUAUUGCCUAGGUGUUGUCUGUAUAUAACAAAUAAUUCUGAUUCCAUGUGGUAUGCCAAGGGUAAAUUUAAACCCCAUUCUUGAAGGCAUUUUAUUUACAGUUUAUGAUAACCCCAAAUCUCUUGGGGUUUCAGGUUUUUGAAUGAAUUCCUUUCUGCUCUGCCAUUAUGCUGUUAUUUAAAAAACAAUGCUAGUCAAAACCAGCCCUACCUCUGGCUCUGUCCAUUCACUGUAAUAGGAACCCCAAUACUACUACUUGGGGUUUACUUGGUUUGGAGACUGAGCAGGGGAAGAAAAGGGGUAACUCUUAAAUGUCAAUUGGGAAAGGGAUUCUUUAUAUACAGUGAAUGCAGGGUGACAGCCACCUAAUUUUAAGUUAAUUUUGUUCUCCUUUAACUAGUUUUAGCAGAUUACAAGCAAGAAAGGGGUUCUUUCAUGUACAAUGAAUGCAGGAUGAGAGCCACUAAUUUGUUUUAUUUUGUUAUAUUUAGGCCAACUAGCUUAAUGUUUGUUUUAACUAGUUUAAUGCUUGACCCAAUUGCAAGCAGUAGUUGUAAAUGUUUGUUUCAAGGUUUAUAUUUCCAUCGUCAAGAUCAUAUAAGCAAUCUGUAAAUAGCAUCUUUACAACAUAUUGUAAUUGCAAUUUAUUAGUAGAUUUUCAGGAGAAAGUGUGAAGGCGAAAUCUGCCUUAGUAAAUGUUGAUUCAGGAUGGCGUAGAGAAACUUAAUAUUGGGCCUAUACAAGCAAAAAACCCAAAAGUACAGAGAACAUCUAUUUCAACUGCUUAUUAAGAAUGAAAAGUAAGACUACAAUAAAAGUAACCAUUGUAACUCU